UUUUCAUUAAUUUUCUAACAAAUUGCAUUAAAUUAAUUAUCAAUGAACACGCUAAACUUUCUAAAAGCAUCACUCACUAGCGUAAGCACAAUUUCACGCCAUUAUGCCUUUAAAUCCGACUUGAAAAUUAAGUGGGUUCGACCGGAAAAAAUACCAUGCUUCAAACCACAGAAAAGCGGUGAUAUGCAACCUCUUCGACCAUUUGCUGGCAGUGAACUUCUUAAGGAUUAUACGGCUUCCAAGGAGUUGGAAAAUGCGGAUGAAACAGUUAAAAACCUGUUCACAAUUGAACAUAACCGACGAAGAGAAAUGCUGGAAAAUUUUAAAGUGGAGAUGGUUAAACGAGUUCAGCGGCAUGAUUUGGAUUAUGGCUCUAUGGAAGCAAAAUUGGGAUUGAUGACUGCACAAAUCAGGAGUUUGCAGGAGGUGAUGGAAAAAUUUCCUCGACAGUCUGCUUCGAAGGUGUUUUUAAAGGAAAUGAUUGAUAAGCGGAAGAAAUUUCUGCGUUAUCUUAGACGUUGGGACUAUCGAAGAUUCGAAUAUAUUUUAGAGAAAUUGGACCUCGUUUAUAAGCCAGCUCCCAGUCAUUUUCAUUGGAUUACACGAAAGGAUUCACUACGUAAGCUUACCGAUAUUCAUUGCGAUGAAAUUAAGGACAGUCGACUACAAGCCUAUCGCCAACAAUUGGAAUCACAACAGUUGGAUUUUCUUGCAAAGAAAUUGCAAAAUUUGGAAUUCAUUAGAAAAGAGCAACAGGAGUGCAAGGUUCCGAUAACGGUAACCGUCGAGCAAAUCCAAGCUGUGAAGAAACAGUACGAGGAGUUGAAAGAAAAACGAAAGGCAUUAGAACCUGCAAAUGGAGAACAAGAUUGAAAAUUCCAUAAAAACCGUUUUGUUUAUUUUUCGUAUAUAAAAUAAAAUAAUAGUUUCUAAUAGAGUAUUGAAUGUGUAUAAUAUUUUGAUUAAGUACACCGUUCUUCUAAAUCCAACGAUUUAGAUGUUUCUGAAUAAAAUGUUGCAGUGCUUUG